ACCUCGAGGCCCCCUCCCCCUCCCGUCUGCGCAGGGCUGGGGCGGGACGGCCCACCUGUUCUCGCCCCUGCCGGGCUGGGGAGGUGAUCCGAGACGUUCUGGAACCGCAGUCGUCCCAGCCACGUCGGAGAAGGGUGCAAUGUCUGAACAGGAGCGUGUACAGGAAUGCCUGAGGAAAGAAAUAAGGUCACUUCUCAUUUCUGCCAAAGAUGGUUUGACCCCACAGCAAUUGGAAAAGGAGUAUCUUUUGAUGGUUGGCAGUCAUUUGCCACUCCGAGUCCUUGGCUAUCGGUCAACUAUGGAGCUGGUGUUGGACAUGCCUGAUGUUGUCACUGUCUGCCCCUGUGGGGAUGGUACUGUAAUACUGAAAGCCAUUCCAGAUGAAUCCACCAAAGGAAUAGCAAGUUUGGUUGCAAAACAGAGAAGCAGCCAUAAGGUUCGAAACUCCGUGCAGAAGGGAAGGGCCAGUGUUUGCUCUGGGCCAAGCUCAUGUAGGCGAGUACCUUACCGAGGAAGGGUGCCCCCCAUUCUUCCAGCUUUUGUGAAGAGUGAGUUGAAAGACCUCUUGGCGUUAUCUCCCGUUCUCCUUUCUGAUUUUGAGAAGGCAUUUGUCAGACGAUUUGGACGUUCAUUCCAGUACGUGCAGUAUGGAUUUCUCUCUAUGUUUGAAGUGCUUAAUGCUGCUUCGGAUGUCAUUUCUGUAGAGCAGACCAGAGCAGGUUCUUUGUUGAUGCUAAAGAAGAGCGUAUCAGAGAAGCAGCAGAGAGGAUGGCCAGCAGGAGGUAAAAUGUUUACCCAGCCUUUUAGAAUGAAACCACACGGAUCAUACUCCGCAGGCUUCCCAGUUGUAAAGUCUCACUUUUCACAACCUGCUUCAAACAUGGAUCCACCGAAACAAAUAUUGAACGUGGAAAAGACUUUUAAGUCAAAUGUAGUAGAGACUUCAAAGCUGAAUCACACUGAAAAAUUAAAUCAGCUGGAGAACACAUUCAAAUCAGUUAUUGCACAGAUUGGACCUGGAGGGACUAUCAAUCCAGAACUAAAACAUAAGAUACGAUUUGUAGUAUCCAAGUUUCCAGAGGGUUUGCUUAUUUCUAAACUGCUCAGAGAGUUUGAGAUAAUCUUUAAAGAGCAACUUUCACCAAAAAAAUUGGGCUUCUUAAAUGUGACAGAACUUGUUGGAGCUCUUAGUGACAUUCUCCGUGUUGAGUUCAGGGAAGGAGAACAAGACUUACUGGUGUUUGAUGCUGAUACGAAGCCACUACCACCUGAUGGAGACGUUUCAUCAGUCAGAAAUUCAUGUUUAGUUCAAUCAGAUAAGAAAAUAGAAGUCAAAGCUUAUGUCUCCAGUCCCCCUAGAAAUUCACUGUCUACUGCUGCUGUCACGGAGACUGCAUGGGAUUGUCCUAAAAGCCAUGAGGAGCCAGAACAGAAGAUUUGCAAGAAGCCUAAUCUGGUGGUAAAGCCUGUACAGUUGCAAGUAGAAGUUAAGUCACAGCUCAACCUGGCGAUGGCAAAUCGUGAUAUCCCACCAGAUGCUGUACGGGACAAGCAACUAUGCAGACUGCCACCAUUAGAUACCAGUACCCUUGUGGGGGUCUUUGUGGAGUAUAUCAUCUCUCCAAGUCAAUUCUACAUCCGAAUCUAUAGCAGGGAUUCAUCAGAGUUACUUGAAGACAUGAUGAUUGAGAUGCGGCGCUGCUACUCUAAUCAGCUGGUUUCUGAUCGGUACGCCAUGCCAGAGUAUUUCAUCCAACCAGGACAUCUCUGUUGUGUAAGGAUUUCUGAGGAUAAGUGGUGGUAUCGGGUCAUUAUCCAUCGAGUCCUUGGGAAGCAGGAAGUUGAAGUAUUCUACCCAGACUUUGGAAAUAUUGGAACUGUUCAGAAGUCCUCCCUGAGAUUUCUCAAGUGCUGCUACACAAAGCUUCCAGCUCAGGCUAUCCCUUGUUCUUUGGCUUGGGUGAGACCAGUAGAGGAACAUUGGACAUCCAGAGCUAUUUUGCAGUUUCAGAAGUUGUGUGGUUUGAAGCCAUUAGUGGGGGUAGUGGAUGAAUAUGUAGAUGGAAUCCUUAACAUUUUCCUGUGUGAUACAUCAUCAAAUGAAGACAUCUAUUUCCAUCAUGUCUUGAGAACGGAGGGCCAUGCUAUUGUAUGCCGAGAAAAUGUCCCUUCUAAGGGUUUCAGAGAACUCAACCCUUUAGCUUUAUAUACUAAAUCCAGUUCAGGGCCGGAGGAUGUGGUUCUGACAGAACUGGGUUAUCCUUCCCAGCAGCACUAUUUUAAUGAAGACCGAGAGAUAAGUCCACAAUCAAAAGAGAGUGAAUUAUAUACCCUGCAAGAUAUUAAUGAUGAAAAGGCUUUCAGUCACCUUAAAUCUGAAUUAAACGAGCCAUUAAAGGAUUCUGAAUUCAGUUCUUUGGAAAACCAAGAUAAGUGCUGUGAAGAAGACCCAACGUGGUCCAUCCCAGAGCUAAAGGAUCUGAAGGAAGAAAAUGAGGAUGAGAUUCCCACCGGAAUGCCAUGCCUGGAAUCAGUGACUAUCGGUGAUGAUGUUUGGGAUGAAAAUUGGUUACCUUUGCAGGCUAAAAUGGAUAAAGGGGAUGAUGCUGCCUCCCACUUAUUUACCUCAAGCCUUGGUGGAAAGAAACCUUACCCAUCAUGUAAAGAAAUGCCGCAAAAGGAUUGGUGCUUUUCUGGACCCAAAGAUAUAUGGGAUGAUUCGUGGCAGCCUUCAGGCCUUGUGAAUGGAAUGAAAGGAGAAGUUCAAAAACAAGAGGCAUUAGAUGCUCAGGAAAAAAAUACUGGCACAACCAGGAUUCAAAAGCAGCCAAACGUAGGGAAUUCUUCAGAUUCUUCCCCAUUGCCCAAAUUGGAGGAGUUCUACAUGUCUCUGAUCCAGUCGCAGCAGUCAGCAAAAGGGAGCCGGCCCGAGCCCAGCAGCGUUCAGACUCAGGCAACGCCAGUCCAGCUGCCCGCGGCAACCCUCAGUGCAACUCCUACGGCGCUUGAUUCUGCAGGAAAACAUUCUGCUUCAGUGGAGAACUCUUCAGAGAGCUUAAAGAACGAUUUCUCUAGUAGCCGUGCUAUUACAGUGUUCAAAGACAAGAGUCAUGGAGCCAUAGACCAGCUGUCUUUGAUCUUGUCUCCUGAGCACCAGAUUUCCCAGAAGCUCUACAUUCCUCGGAGCACAGCCACUGCUGCCUUGGGAGCUGCGGCACGGUUGGCCACCUCCAGGAGUCUCUUACACUGGUACCCCAGUGUGAAAAGAAUGGAAGCAUGAGGGAGUGAGUAGGGGAGAAAAUAAUAAGCCAGGUGCGUUAGGGCUUGGUGAUUUCCCAAGGCCAAAACAUGGAGGAGGUAUUGAGACAAAACGCUAUUUUGAUGGUUAAUGCCUUUGUCUUUCUUUGUGACCGUAUGUUAGCUUUGUUUUGCUAACAGUCCACUUUGUUGUGUAAGUAUUGAUAUUUAAUGUUAGUUUUAAUUUUUAUUGAUGAUGUUUCUUAUUCCGCAUAGUUUUGUUCACCUUGACAUAGUGGUUUAAAGGCAUUUUUAUUUUUUGUUGCUUUUGUGUAUGUGUGUUUCUAUAAAUGUUUUUCUUGUACAUAUCAUGACUGAUAAAUGAAAGCUGAAAAACUAAUGUUUUGCGAUCCAUAUUUAGUAAGACAAAAAUUAUCUCAGAUUCUUAUGUCCAGAAAAAGGAUGUCUGAAUUAUAAGGCUGCUUUUUCUUUCUCAUUUGAAAUUUUCUAUAUCAUAGA